AUGGCCCCUCCAACAGAAAAUGACCCGCAGGCUGCCGACCCCGUCCCUGUGGACUACUACACUCGAAGGCACAGACCGCUUCCCGAGGACCCAACGGUCAGAGCGUAUGUGGAGAGUGUGCUCGAAAACGGCUAUGUGAUUAUUCCGAACGCCUUCAGUGACGCGGAAGCCAAAGAAGCCAUCGCCGAAAUUGAUAGGCUUCAUGGCAAAGCGCCCAAAGCUGGGAUGCACGCCUUUGAUGGUUUCAAGACCAACCGUAUCCUGUCGCUGCUAGGCAAGACCCGUGCAUUCGAUAAAUUCGUGCUGCUGCCACAGGUGCUUGCGCUCAACGAUUACUUCCUGGAAGAGGAUUAUCUUUUGUACAUCAUGGAGAGCAUCGUUAUCAACCCGGGAGAGAAGGCCCAGGUUCUCCAUCACGACGACGCCCUUACACACAUGCCGCGCCCGAGACCUCCCGUCACGGCGGCAAUAAUGGUUGUCUUGGACGAUUACACAGAGACUAACGGCGCCACCCGUAUCAUUCCCGGUUCUCACCUAUGGGGCACCGAUAGGAUUGGAGAGGAACACGAGGCUAUUCCGGCGACUUGUCCUAGGGGAAGCAUCAUCUAUUUCUUGGGCACGACGUGGCACUCCGGUGGCGCGAACAGGUCCCAAAAGCCGAGGUACGCGGCAACGAUUCAGUAUUGCCAGCCGUAUAUCCGGCCGCUCGAGAAUUUGAUGAUCGGCAUUGAUCCAAGAAGGGCCCUUUCUGGGGAGAUUCCGAAGAAGAUUGUUGACAUGAUGGGGUAUCGCAGUGCAAUUCCAUUCAUUGGAUAUGCCGAUGGAAUGAAUCCAAGAAAGGCGACGCAGCGGCUCAUCCGGUGGCUUCAGGGGCCCGUGGACACCAACCCCCCAACUUUUCCAAGCGAGAAAGGCGAGAAGGAGGGCCACAUGCUCAGCAAGUUGUGA